CACUUUAGCCCUAGUCGCCCAGCAUGACGACGCUCGUGGAGACUGGCGAGGAGGAUCCGGUGCUCGCCGUGGCGCGAUUCACAGCUGAUGUCGCGUGGGCCAAAGCUGGCGCCGAUGUCGCGGAGGCUGAGAUCUCCCGCAUUUGCGAGGAGGCUGAGAAUCUGGCCGUGGAGAAUCGGUGGUCGGAGCUUGUGUCGCUGCUCUUGACGUCGUCGGAGAUGGUUUUGAGCAACACCCCCGAGAAAGAUUCCGAGGCUGUGUUCUCUGUGAUAACGAAUCUAGUGUCCAAGGCCAGGAGUCCAGAUGAGGCUCUCGCGAUGGCUGAUCAGAUUGCUUCGAAAGUUACACCGAAUGUAACUGAUAAGCCGGCACUUCGUUUGAGAAUUCUUUUCAACUUAUACAACGUUCUUGACAAUCCGUAUGGACGUUUCCUUACAUUCAAGAGAGCUGUGGAUUUUGCUGUUAAUGGAAAAGUCACAGAGAUGGUGACCCCGUCUUUCAAGCGGAUGGAUGCGUUCUUAAAAGAGUGGAACAUCGCCAAGGCAGAGAAGAGAAAACUGUUUCUUGCCAUCACGAAUAUCUUGAAAGACGGUAAAAGCUCUGCAAAAGACUCUUUCAGCUUCUUGCUGAAGUACCUGGCUACAUUUUCUGGAGAGGACAAUCAGACCCUUGGAGAAGCGAAGGAGGAAGCUGUGAGAGCAAUCAUCGAGUUUGUGAAAGCACCAGACAUGUUCCAGUGUGACCUGCUAGACAUGGCAGCUGUUUGUCAGCUUGAAAAGGAUUCCAAGUAUGCCCCAGUUUAUCGGCUUCUUGAGAUCUUUUUGACUUCUCGCCUGGAUGCAUAUCUAGAGUUUCAAGCCUCCAAUCCAAAUCUGUUUAAAAACUACGGAUUGGUGCAUGAGGAGUGCAUCACAAAGAUGCGACUUAUGUCACUGGCCGGGCUUGCCUCCAAAGCCUCGCGGGAAAUCCCUUAUGUAACGAUCAAGGAUGCAUUAAAGGUCGGAGAUGAUGAAGUCGAAUAUUGGAUCGUCAAGGGAAUAGCAACGAAGAUGUUGGAUGCAAAAAUGGAUCAAAUGCAUCAACAUGUUGUCAUAAGCCGCUGCACGGAGAGGGUGUUCGGCCCCACGCAAUGGAAGGAGCUCCGGGCGAAGCUGGCGGUUUGGAAGGAAAAUAUUUGGAAUGUGACAAGAAGUGUGGAGAAUGCAAGAGCUACAAACGGUGUACCAGUGGCUCUCCAAGGCCAAGUUGUCCAUUAGACAAGGAGGCGACGUAAAAAGUUUUGGUACAUUUUAUCUUUGACUUUAAAAUGGAAGUGACGAUAGAUUGUGAGCCUC